AUCUUCACUUCUGACAGCAACAGUCGGAAAAAACGAUUUAUCAUGGCAGUGAUAAGAGGUCUUGUGCUUCUUUUCUUGGUCUUUUCUUUGGAGUAUGCAGCAGCCCAAGUUAAUCCAUGUUCCCUAACUCCAAAACCUCCGAUUUCCACCCGAGGAGGACUGACAACUCCUGGUCUUCCACAGACACAAAGAAUUCCUGUAACACCAGCUAAGAAGUGCACCGUUGGAUGGAAACGUUUUGGAGCACAAUGCUUCAGUUUCUUCCCGCAGACAGUUAACUGGGCCACAGCUGAGAAACUCUGUCAAAUCUUUGGUGGGAAUCUCGCAUCGGUGCGCACUAAAGUGCGAAAUGACUUUCUUCUGAGUCUGGUGCCUCGCAACACACGUGCUUGGAUUGGCGGUCAUGAUGGUGAAGUGGAUGGACAGUGGCUGUGGAGUAAUGGAGCUAGAUUUGACUACACCAACUGGUGCAGAGGAGAACCUAACAAUCAUCGCCGUCCAGAGAAUUGCCUGGAGAUUAACUUCAGCGGAAACCGUUGCUGGAAUGAUGAGUCUUGUUUCCUGGGAAUGGGUUACAUUUGUGCUCGAAAACCCAGAUAAGAAGUUAUUCUUCAUUACAAGAAUACUUUGAUUGUACAACUCGUACCUUUGUAAUUUUCUGAUCUUUUUUCUGAACUUUAAUUAUCUUUCCAAACUUAUCUGAAAUACUUCUAAAAUCAAUAAAAGCAUUUCAAAAGCA